GAGCAGCCAUCGCUCGGCGCGGCCGGGCCGGGCCGAUCCGGCCCGGGUCAGCACGCCCCGCCGGCGGCAUGGCCGCCCGCAUCCUGCACCGCCUGCGGCACGCGCUGGCUGGCGAAGGUGCCAGGGAGGAGCCGGCGUGCGGCACCAGCGAGGCCGAGGACUUCCCGGAGAGCUCGGAGCUGGAGGACGACACCGAGGGGCUGUCCACCCGCCUCAGCGGCACCCUGAGCUUCACCAGCCACGAGGACGAGGAGGAGGAGGAGGAAGAGGAGGAGGAGGAGGGUGCCGGAGAGGAGCUGGGGGAGCCGCCCGGGGAGGCCGCGGGCGCCGAGGACGGAGCCUGGGGCCCCGCGGGCGAGCGCCCGGGCGGCAGCAGCCUGCUGACCCGCCAGCUCCAGGAGCUGUGGAGGAGGUCGCGGAGCAGCCUCGCGCCGCAGCGGCUGCUCUUCGAGGUCACCAGCGCCAGCGUGGUUAGCGAGCGCUCCUCCAAGUACGUGCUCUACACCAUCUACCUGAUCCGCUCGGGCCAGUUCGACAAGGCCCCCGCCACCAUCGCUCGGCGCUACUCGGACUUCGAGAGGCUGAACCGCCGCCUGCGCGGCCGGUUCGGCUGCGACAUGGCUGGCAUCGCCUUCCCCAGGAAGAGGCUGCGCCGGAACUUCACCGCCGAAACCAUCGCCAAGCGGAGCCGGGCCUUCGAGCAGUUCCUGUCCCACCUGCACUCCAUCGCCGAGAUCCGCCGCUCCCCCGAGUUCCUGGAGUUUUUCUUCCUGCAGGACCUGCAGGCAGCACAGCGCCUCACCUGCACGGGCAUGUACCGCGAGGCCCUGGCCACCUGGGCCAACGCCUACCGGCUGCAGGACCGGCUGGGGGUCUGCAACUCCGGCCGCUUCCUCCUGACGCUGGCGGGGCUCGCUGUCUGCCACCAGGAGCUGGACCAGCUCAGCGAGGCUCACAGCUGCUGCGAGCAGGCUCUGCAGCUCCUGGAGGCGCAGGACAGCCACCCGCUGCUGGGACCCUUCCUCCAGGCCCACAUCCACCUGGCCUGGAAGGUGGGCAAGGACAAGCGGCAGUCCGAGGCCCGGCUGCAGGACCUGCAAGAGGCAGAGCUUCCCUUGCAGCAACAGCCUACCCUGAAGGAGUGUCUAAUCAAGGAGGCUCUGGACUGAGCACCCUUCCCCAGCGCUGGGGCCCGCACCGGGAGGAGGUGGCCUGUGGGGCUGGACAGCUAGUCUCUCAGGGGACAUGGGGGGCUAGGGGUAGCUGGGAGCAAUGAAGGUGGUGUCACAGGCCAGGCCAGGGCUCAGAGGCAGAGCUGUGUUUGCGUAAGGCUUAGGCAGGAUAUCGGCAGAAGCUGCACGUGGGGGCUGGCCUCACUGGGCAGCUGCUUCUCUAGAAAAUGCACUUUUAAAGCCAGGUAGUUCAUCCCUCAGUGCUGGGUGCUCUCUGCCUCCCUGCCAGGGAGCCAGCUGCUCUCGAGAAGGGAGCUUCUGGAAGUAGGCAGGAAUUGUAGCUGGGACAUGCUGGCACUGCGCUGAAGGAACAGGCUGACUUCUGGCAAAGUCUGCAGCUUUUGCCAGAAACUUCCAAUAAAACUUACAUAAUAAAAAAGACUUUAUUUAAUAAAGUCUUGAUAGGAGAAAGGACAGAAGCUCCUGCAGUGUCUGUUCAGCUUCACUUCCCCCAAGGGAUCGCACGCAGGGGCACUGAUUUACAGGAAGCCUUUGAGCCUCCCAAGCUGAGGUGGGAACUGAUUUGUUCCGCUUCCCAUUGCUGCGAGGGUGUGCUAGGAGCAGCCAGGCCUUUGGAAGAGACUAAGGGGAGAGCAGAAGCAGCAACUAAUAUGUUGGGGCACAAAGAGGGCAGGAGAAGUGAGAAAGGGAAGCCACGUGUGUGUUGUUAGCACUUUCCCCUCCUGCGAUCCGGUCUGCAGCAGGCACACAGCCAGCUCCCAAGUGCCCCCCAGCACUGCCCACUCUUCCCCCAGCCAAGAGGAAGUUCCCUAAGGAGUUGAGCACAGUCAUUCCUGAGACAGGGACAAACUCCAGAGGACAGAGCUCAGUUGUUCACGUGAUGGCUUUAUUUAAGAUGGGUGAGGAGUGGCUGAGGAUAGUGUACGGCUAUGCACUGUGCAGCUAACAGUCAAUAAAAGUUGAUGCCACUGCA